AUGGUGGUCAACCGCAAGCAGCCUUCUGUUCCUGUUCUUCCAGCGAUAUCUCGUUCGUCUUCGACACAGCCUGUGCCUACAAAGAAAGCAACCAAGAACGCGACCAAGCAAACCACGACGCAGAAUGGACACACUGGGAUUGAUUCUCAGAAAAACUCUUCUAAAGCCAAAGCUGAAAAACCAAAAGCAAAGAAACGAAAAUCAAAGUCUCUUCUAGAUCGACUUUUCGCCCUUUCUCUGUCUAUAUUCGUCAUCUACGCAUUCUACGCGUGUAGGCCAAACCCUCUUUUACCAUAUUCACCCUCCGAUACGCUUUCGCAUGAUCCAAAUCGUCUGUGUCGAUCAUUGGCCACAUACCGAACCCAUGUUCUCGACCCUUAUGUACUUCCACCACUCAAGAGCGGCUUAUCCUUUGCACACUCUGUUGCAGAGCCCUACGUUGCACAGGUUCAGCCACAUAUCCAGCCCUACAUUACCCCUGUUUCUCGCUCAAUCACAACCGUCAAACCCUACAUUGUACGCACGGUCUCCGUGGCAAGAAGUGUCUGGGUUGACACGUUAGUGCCACUGUACACCGAAACGCUGAAGCCAUACUGGGUCAAGGCCGUUAUCCCCCGAUACAACAAAUAUGUUCAUCCACGGUUACUACCUGUGAUUGAACAGACCAAAUUGUAUUACAGAUUUUACGUUGCAAAUCCUUUGCAUAUCCAGUCUGUAAAGGUUCAACGAUAUAUUCACACUAUCUACGCGGCCAAUGUCAAACCAUAUGUGAUCAAGGUUCAACCCUACGUCAAACACGCCACUAGGACCGCCUAUGUCACCUCUGUGAAAACUUUCGAGGCCUACAAGACACACGCACACCCUCGUAUUGUUACUGGAUGGGCCAUAGCGCGUCCAGUGAUUAUUCAAUAUCUCAAACAGCUUAGGAAGCUUACAUGCAAAUUCCUUGAGGUCGGAGGGAAUCAACUCAAAAAAGCAACUAAGGAGGUCGGCGGUUUACGACGCACUUAUGUUGACCCUCAUGUCCGGAAGAUUUGGGACAAAGUCGCCGAAGGGACAGAUCUUGCUACGCCAGCUACACCGACAAUCACAAAUCUCAGUGAGCCUACAGAGCCCAAAAUUUCAUCUACUCAAGAAACCGCCGAAUCUAUUGAAGAGCCUACGUCAGCUACCCCUGCCACUUCCAGUACUGUUAUGCCCACACCUUCUGCUACCAUAAACUCUGGUACUGAUAACGUGCCUGCAGCUGAGCCACCGACCCCAACUCCUCAGGAAGCCGCUGAAGAUGAAGCCAGUGCUCCUGCCCAUGCUGGCACGGUCACUGCUGCAACCGAGGCUGGAAAUAUUCCAAAAGAAGUGAAGGAAUCAGUUGUAUCCGAUGCACCGGCACCCAUACCUGAGGAAGAAUCUGUCGAUCCUAUCACAAUUUCGGAACCAAUCACAUCAGCGCCAACGCCUUCAGAUGUUGAUGCUGAAGAAGAAAUUGAUCUGGACGCGUUUUUGAAUGACUUGGGAGUAGAAUCGGAUAGCGUCCCCGAAGAUCAGGUCGAAACCACUAUUUCCCUUCAAGAGGAUGUCACACCCAAGCAACGUUCCGAAGAUGUCCUAGCGGCAAUUGCUGCUAAACGUUCUGAAAUUGUUGAUCGACAUAACGAAUGGUUUGCCCGUUUGGACGAGGCCAUUGCCAACGAGACUGUGGCCCUUGGUAAAACUCUGGAAGAAUGGAGAGACCUUAAGGCCGCUGAAUUUCAAACCAUGAAGGGGCAAGGCGCACUUGAUAAUCUUCAAAAGGACGGCGAGAAGUUUUUGAAAGGGCUUGAAAGUUAUCUUAAAAAAGCUGAAGCACGGAGUGGAGCGUGGAAGAUAUCUAAAGAACAACAAAAGGUUGAAGAUAUCACCAUUGAGGACAAAAUUGCGGCGUACCAGGACGAAUUUUCUGCAAAGAAGACCAUAGCGAAGGCAGAAAAAGAAAAGUGGGAGAUUGUCCUAUCCAAAGUUGAAGAGAAGUUUUCCGAACGAACGCGUCAGUUCCAAGCCGAGAUCCAUCAAUGGUAUAUGGGUAUGCGCGAAAAAGAGGGAGAGGAGGUCCGCAGUGCUGCUCAUCGUAUCAAAAACCUCGCAGAGACUGCACAAGCUGACCUUGGUCUAGAUUAUGCUUGGCUCGAGGAUGUAACUUACGACGACUGGCAACAGUACCACAAUAUCGCGCGUAUGUCUGAAGCCUUCGAACAAACGGCAUAUGGCAUGCAGAACAACACCCUCGAGAACGCGCCACGUGAUCCCAUUAUGCCCCUGUUGGACAGCCUUGAUCUUGACAUGCAGGACGUUGUCGCCGGCUUCCAAGUAGCUCUAGGAAGCAUUCGCGGCGAUGCAAUGAAGGUGUAUAGCGUUGGUCUUGGGCAGGCGGAAGAAGAUGAUAGUGGAUUCUUUGUUGUUAACGACGGCCAGGUUAGGAGAGAUGAUCUGCGAGGGGUCGACUUCGGUGAUUUAGGAUUGAAGAAGAAAACCGAAGGUGCCGGAGUCGUCAAGAUUCGCUCUGAUGCUGUUGGCGGAGAUUCUGAAAAUCAAGGCAAGGACGACGAAGUGCAUAUCUUACCUAUCGAUCCGAGCGUGCCGACAAAGGAAGACUCAACUACGUUUGACGCUAGUAAAGUGGUUAUUGGGAAAGAUAAGGUGCAGAUCGAGCAGGCGCUCAAGGACGUCCCCGUGGAACACGUUCAUGAGGAACUUUAG